AUGAAAGCAGCUGCAGCACUGGCGAAUGCCUACGGCGAUGCGGCGGAUUUCGGCAAUUUACCUGCGCCAAGGUCGCGGCUGCGCGACGGGAGUGGCUUUGACACCUACUUGGGAGCGCCGGUGGUCCGCUCGCAGCGACGAGGGACAGCACGAGGUGCGAGUUUCCUUGGCCUCCUUCGCUCCAGUUUCGACGAGGUGAAGGCGUCGCCGGGUGAAGAGCCGGCACCCGCUCCAGGCGAAGAGAAGGAGACCCUGAAGGAGGCCGAGAGGCACUUUGUCGUUUGCAAGCACAAGCUGCCACCGGGGGAGCCGAGAGCCUGUGAGAUGGCGACCUUCGAAGCCUGCGAGGAUAAGUGCAAGGAGCACUUUACGGGUGACCCCUUCUGCAACUCGACGGAUGGCCUCGAUGGGGGAGUCGUAAAUCAGUGGUCCUUCAGUCAGAGGGGCUUGCCUGCGUGUGCGCUUUGGAAGAUUCAGUCUGAUGGUUGUGAUGACGAGCUGCAUGAGAAGCACAAGAUCAAGGAGCACCGGCUGACUCAGAAGGAUUGGAAUGGAUCCUGGCCACAGGCAGCCCGCUUCUGUGAGCAGCAAGGAAUGAGGCUGCCCGAAUGGGGGGAGAUUUGCCCAAAGGGCCGCGGUAACAUGUCGGUGGUUCCGCAGCUGGGCAGGGACAUGUGGGCCCCAGUGAAGAACUCUGGCGCCACAAACAAGACCAUCCAAUGGGCGCAGGUGGGCCUCCGCAUGGACGGUGACAUCUGCAAGCUCAUCACGGAUUUUCCAGGACACACGGAGAACUUCCAAGGCUGGGGCGAGGUGCGGCCCUACACAGAAUACGUCUACUGCAGGACCAAGGAGGCACUCCUCAAGGAGGAGGAGGAGAAGUCAGGCGUCCGGGCCCGCUGCCCAUGGUUCGCCGUGAUCGCUCUUUUCCUGGGCUGCGUGAGCAUGGUGUGA